CAUUCAGUGUUGAAGGCUCCUCCCUCUGAACUUUGUUAAAAAAAAGAUCCUUGGAAAUCUGUGUUUGCUGAACAAUCCUACUUUCCUCAUCUCACGCUCAUCUCAGCCACGGACAGAACCUCAUAGAAAUAUGUUUGUUGCGUGGAUCCCAUUGUUUCUUCUCCUGCUAGCUGCAGGGGCGAGGGCAUUCAUGAUCCACAACAGCCAGCGCAGCCUGUGUCUGCAAGAUUCAGCAGCUGCAGGUCAAGUCCUGCUGAAGACCUGCAACCUGGACUCAGAGUCUCAGCAGUGGAUCUGGAUUGAUCAGGGCAUGCUGAUGUGUGUCCAAUCAUCCAGAUGUCUGUCAGCCCUGCAGAGAGAGCCUGUCCAGACUCGUCCCUGCUGGGGGACCGAGGCGGAUGCCACAGGGUUAAUGUGGGAUUGUGACAGGGGCAGACUGAUCAGCAGGAACACUUCAAUGCUGCUGUCAGUAGACGGCGGGCGUCUGAUUCUCACACAUGACGGCAAACACUCAAAGUGGAGAUCUCUGGAUGAGGGGGACAUCUGCCAUGAAAAACUCAGAUCCAAGAGGGCAUCUGAUGAGUUUGAGGUUGCAGAGGAGCACACAGACAAGCUGGUGGCCAUGACGGAGGAACAGAGAGAAUAUCUCCGCUGGUACUAUCGCACAGAGGACCCGACCACAUGGACUUUUGUGCUGCUGGGACUGGCCUUCGUCUGCCUUCUUGUUGGUUUUCUACUGCUAGGAAUGGGAGCCAUGGCCAACAAGAGCAGAAAGAAGAUUGCUAAGUACAAGGCAGCAGCUGCGGCUCAGAAAGCCGAGGAGCUGCAGAUGAUUGCAGCGCUUCGAGACGACAGCAGCAGCAGCAGCAAAGCAUCGCUGGUGCUCGCCAGGCAGGGGCAGGGGAACGGGGGCCUGACGGAGCUCAGAGCAGGAGACAUCAGGGUCACAUGGAAGGAUGGCAACACCUCCUGCCUGUACCCUGACACUGCAGCACAGGAGGAGAACCAGAACCAGGAGGAGAACCAGAACCAGGAGGAGAACCAGAACCAGGAGGAGAACCAGGAGCAGGAGGAGAACCAGGAGCAGGAGUCAGCUGUGGAGCCAGUUAAGACGACAGAGUGAAGAGUUGAGACACCAACAGCAGCUGGGACAGUGUUUACCAAGAACUUGUUAGGGUUUAACCCUUCACUGCCUGCAGGAUGCUAACUGUAUUUACAACUUUGACUGGCAGCUAAUAAAGCAUUAAAACACA